AUGAGGACAAGGUUCCUGACGCUGAAGACAAGGUUCCUGAACCUGACAACAAGGUUCCUGACGCUAAGGACAAGGUUCCUAACGCUGAGGACAAGGUUCAUGACGCUGAGAACAAGGUUCCUGACGCUGAGAACAAGGUUUUCUGACGCUGAGUACAAUGUUCCUGACGCUGAGGACAAGCUUCCUGACCCAGAGCACAAGGUUCCUGACGCUGAGAACAAGGUCCCUGACGCUGAGGAGAAGGUUUCAGACGCUGAGGACAAGGUUGCUGACGCUGAGGGCAAGGUUCCUGACGGUGAGGACAAGGUUCCUGACGCUGAGGACAAGGUUCCUGACGGUGAGGACAAGGUUCCUGCCGUUGAGGACAAGGUUCCUGACGCUGAGGACAAGGUUCGUAAAUCGUAAAGAAGAGGACAAGGUUCCUCACGCUGAGGACAAGGUUCCUGACGCUGAGAACAAGGUUCGCGACCCUGAGGGCAAGGUUCCUGACGCUGAGGACAAGGUUCCCGACCCUCAGGAAAAGCUUCCUGACGCUGAGAACAAGGUUCCCGACGUUGAGGACAACGUUCCUGACCCUGAGGACAAAUUUCCUGACGCUGAGGAGAAGAUUCCUGACGUUGAGGACAAGGUUCCUGACGCUGACAACAAGGCUCUUGACGCUGAGGACAAGGUUCCUCAUGCUAAGGACAAGGUUCCUGACGCUAAGAAAAAGGUUCCUGACUCUGAGGACAAGGAUCCUGACCCUGAGAACAAGGCUCCUGACGCUGAGGACAAGGUUCCUGACACUCCCGACAACGUUCCUGACCAUGAGGACAAGACUCCUGAUCCUGAGGACAAGGUUCCUGACCCUGAGGACAAGAUUCCUCACGCUGAGGACAAGGUUCCUGACGCUGAGGAGAAGGUUCCAGACGCAGAGAACAUGGUUCCUGACGCAGAGGACAAGGUUCCUGACCCUGAGGACAACGUUACUGACGCUGAGGACAAGGUUCCUGACCCUUAGUACAAGGUACCUGACGCUGAGGACAAGGUUCCUGACGGUGAGGACAAGGUGCCUGACGCUGACGACAAGGUUCCCGACACUGAGGACAAGGUUCCUGACCCUGAUCACGAGGACAAGGUUCCUGACGCUGAGGACAAGGUUCCUGAACCUUAGUACAAGGUACCUGACGCUGAGGACAAGGUUCCUGACCCUGAGGACAAGGGUCCUGACGGUGAGGACAAGGUGCCUGACGCUGAGAACAAGGUUCCCGACACUGAGGACAAGGUUCCUGACCCUGAUCAUGAGGACAAGGUUCCUAACGCUGAGGACAAGAUUCCUGAACCUGACAACAAGGUUCCUGACGCUAAGGACAAGGUUCCUGACGCUGAGGACAAGGUUCAUGACGCUGAGAACAAGGUUCCUGACGCUGAGGACAAGGUUCCUGACCCUCGCGACAAGAUUCCUGACCAUGACGACAAGAUUCCUGAUCCUGAGGACAAGGUUCCUGACCCUGAGGACAAGGUUCCUGACGCUGAGGACAAGGUUCCUGACGCUGAGGAGAAGGUUUCAGACGCUGAGAACAAGGUUCCUGACGCUGAGGACAAGGUUCCUGACCCUGAGGACAACGUUACUGACGCUGAGGACAAGUUUCCUGACCCUUACUACAAGGUACCUGACGCUGAGGACAAGGUUCCUGACCCUGAGGACAAGGUUUCUGACGGUGAGGACAAGGUUCCUGACGCUGACGACAAGGUUCCAGACACUGAGGACAAGGUUCCUGACCCUGAUCAUGAGGACAAGGUUCCUGACGCUGAGGACAAGGUUUCUGAACCUGACAACAAGGUUCCUGACGCUAAGGACAAGUUCCUGACGCUGAGGACAAGGUUCAUGACGCUGAGAACAAGGUUUCUGACGCUGAGGACAAGGAUUCUGACGCUGAGGAUAAGGUGGGUGACGCCGAGGACAAGAUUGCUGACCCUGAGGACAAGGUUCCUGACGCUGAGGACAAGGUUCCAGACGCUGAGGACAAGGUUCCUGAAGCUGAGGACAAGGUUCCAGACGCUGAGGACAAGGUUCCUGAAGCUGAGGACAAGGUUCCAGACUCUGAGGACAAGGUUCCUGACGCUGAGGAAAAGGUCCCUGACGCUGAGGACAAGCUUCGUAAAGAUGAGGACAAGGUUCCUGACGCUGAGGACAAGUUUUCUGACGCUGAGGACAAGGUUCCUGACCCUGAGGACAAGGUUCCUUACGCUGAGGACAAGGUUUCCGACCCUGAGGAAAAGGUUCCUGACGCUGAGGACAAGGUUCCUGACGCUGAGGACACGGUUCCUGACCCUGAGGACAAAUUUCCUGACGUUGAGGAGAAGAUUCCUCACGCUGAGGACAAGGUUCCUGCUGCUGAGGACAAGGCUCUUGACGCUGAGGACAAGGUUCCUGACGCUGAGGACAAGGUUUCUGACGCUAAGGAAAAGGUUCUUGACCCUGUGGACAAGGUUCCUGACCCUGAGAAUAAGGUUCCUGACGCUGAGGACAAGGUUCCUGACCCUCGGGACAAGGUUCCUGACCAUGAGGACAAGGUUCCUGACGCUGAGGACAAGGUUCCUGACCCUGAGGACAAAUUUCCUGACGCUGAGGAGAAGAUUCCUGACGCUGAGGACAAGGUUCCUGCUGCUGAGGACAAGGCUCUUGACGCUGAUGACAAGGUUCCUGACGCUGAGGACAAGGUUCCUGACGCUAAGGAAAAGGUUCCUUACCCUGAGGAGAAGCUUCCUGACCCUGAGAAUAAGGUUCCUGACGCUGAGGACAAGCUUCCUGACCCAGAGCACAAGGUUCCUGACGCUGAGAACAAGGUCCCUGACGCUGAGGAGAAGGUUUCAGACGCUGAGGACAAGGUUGCUGACGCUGAGGGCAAGGUUCCUGACGGUGAGGACAAGGUUCCUGACGCUGAGGACAAGGUUCCUGACGGUGAGGACAAGGUUCCUGCCGUUGAGGACAAGGUUCCUGACGCUGAGGACAAGGUUCGUAAAUCGUAAAGAAGAGGACAAGGUUCCUGACGCUGAGGACAAGGUUCCUGACGCUGAGGACAAGGUUCGCGACCCUGAGGGCAAGGUUCCUGACGCUGAGGACAAGGUUCCCGACCCUCAGGAAAAGCUUCCUGACGCUGAGAACAAGGUUCCCUACGUUGAGGACAACGUUCCUGACCCUGAGGACAAAUUUCCUGACGCUGAGGAGAAGAUUCCUGACGUUGAGAACAAGGUUCCAGACGCUGAAAACAAGGCUCUUGACGCUGAGGACAAGGUUCCUCACGCUAAGGACAAGGUUCCUGACGGUAAGAAAAAGGUUCCUGACCCUGAGGACAAGGUUCCUGACCCUGAGAACAAGGCUCCUGACGCUGAGGACAAGGUUCCUGACACUCCCGACAACGUUCCUGACCAUGAAGACAAGAUUCCUGAUCCUGAGGACAAGGUUCCUGACCCUGAGGACAAGAUUCCUCACGCUGAGGACAAGGUUUCUGACGCUGAGGAGAAGGUUCCAGACGCUGAGAACAUGGUUCCUGACGCAGAGGACAAGGUUCCUGACCCUGAGGACAACGUUACUGACGCUGAGGACAAGGUUCCUGACCCUUAGUACAAGGUACCUGACGCUGAGGACAAGGUUCCUGACGAUGAGGACAAGGUGCCUGACGCUGACGACAAGGUUCCCGACACUGAGGACAAGGUUCCUGACCCUGAUCAUGAGGACAAGGUUCCUGACGUUGAGGACAAGGUUCCUGAACCUGACAACAAGGUUCCUGACGCUAAGGACAAGGUUCCUGACCCUGAGGACAACGUUACUGACGCUGAGGACAAGGUUCCUGACCCUUAGUACAAGGUACCUGACGCUGAGGACAAGGUUCCUGACGGUGAGGACAAGGUGCCUGACGCUGACGACAAGGUUCCCGACACUGAGGACAAGCUUCCUGACCCUGAUCAUGAGGACAAGGUUCCUGACGCUGAGGACAAGGUUCCUGAACCUGACAACAAGCUUCCUGACGCUAAGGACAAGGUUCCUGACCCUGAGGACAACGUUACUGACGCUGAGGACAAGGUUCCUGACCCUUAGUACAAGGUACCUGACGCUGAGGAGAAGGUUCCUGACGGUGAGGACAAGGUGCCUGACGCUGACGACAAGGUUCUCGACACUGAGGACAAGGUUCCUGACCCUGAUCACGAGAACAAGGUUCCUUACGCUGAGGACAAGGUUCCUGAACCUUAGUACAAGGUACCUGACGCUGAGGACAAGGUUCCUGACCCUGAGGACAAGGUUCCUGACGGUGAGGAGAAGGUGCCUGACGCUGAGGACAAGGUUCACGACACUGAGGACAAGGUUCCUGAACCUGAUCAUGAGGACAAGGUUCCUGACGCUGAGGACAAGGUUCCUGAACCUGACAACAAGGUUCCUGACGCUAAGGACAAGGUUCCUGACGCUGAGGACAAGGUUCCUGACCCUGAGGACAAGGUUCCUGACGCUGAGGACAAGGUUCCUGACCCUGAGGACAAGGUUCCUGACCCUAAGAAUACGGUUCCUGACGCUGAGGACAAGGUUCCUGACCCUCGCGACAAGGUUCCUGAUCAUGAGGACAAGAUUCCUGACCCUGAGGACAAGGUUCCUGACCCUGAGGACAAGGUUCCUGACGCUGAGGACAAGGUCCCUGACGCUGAGGACAAGGUUCGUAAAGAUGAGGACAAGGUUCCUGCCGCUGAGGAAUGGGUUCCUGACGCUGAGGACAAGGUUCCUGAGCCUGAGGACAAGGUUCCUUACGCUGAGGACAAGGUUCCCGACCUUGAGGAAAAGGUUCCUGACGCUGAGGACAAGGUUCAUGACGCUGAGGACAAGGUUCCUGACCCUGAGGACAAAUUUCCUGACGCUAAGGAGAAGAUUCCUGACGUUGAGGACAAGGUUCCUGCUGCUGAGGACAAGGCUCUUGACGCUGAGGACAAUGUUCCUGACGCUGAGGACAAGGUUCUUGACGCUAAGGAAAAGGGUCCUGACCCUGAGGACAAGAUUCCUGACCCUGAGAAUAAGGUUCCUGACGCUGAGAACAAGGUUCCUGACCCCCGCGACAAGGUGUCUGACCAUGAGGACAAGAUUCCUGACCCUGAGGAUAAGGUUCCUGACCUUGAGGACAAGGUUCCUGACGCUGAGGAGAAGGUUCCAGACGCUGAGGACAAGGUUCCUCACGCUGAAGACAAGGUUCCUGACCCUGAGGACAAUGUUACUGACGCUGAGGACAAGGUUCGUGACCCUGAGGACAAGGUUCUUGACGCUGAGGCCAAGGUUCCCUGACGCUAAGGACAAGGUUUCUGACGCUGAGGACAAGGUUUUUGACGCUGAGAACAAGGUUUCUGACGCUGAAGACAAUGUUCCUGACCCUGAGAACAAGGUUCCUGACGCUAAGAACAAGGUUCCUGACGCUGAGGACAAGAUUCCUGACCCUGAGGGCAAGGUUUCUGACCCUGAGGACAAGGUUCCUGACGCUGAGGACAAGAUUCCUGACCCUGAGGACAAGGUCGCUGACACUGACGACAAGGUUCUUGACGCUGAGGACAAGGUUCCUCACGCUAAGGACAAGUUCCUGACGCUGAGGGCAAGGUUCCUGACGCUGAGGACAAGGUUCCUGACGCUUAGGACAAGGUUCUUGACGCUGAGGACAAGAUUCUUGGCGCUGAGAACAAGGUUCCUGAGGUUGAGAACAAGGUUCCUGACGUUGAGAACAAGGUUCCUGACGCUGCGAAUAAGGCUGCUGGCGCUGAGGACAAGGUUUCUGACGCUGAGGACAAGGUUCCUCACGCUGAGAGCAAGGUUCCUGACCCUGAGGGCAAGGUUCCUGACGCUGAGAACAAGGAUUCUGAGGUUGAGGACAAGGUUCCUGAGGCUGAGGACAAGGUUCUUGACGCUGAGGACAAGGUUUCUGACGCUAAGGAGAAGGUUUCUGACGCUGAACAAGGUUCUUGACGCUAGGGACAAGGUUCCAGACGCUGAGAACAAGGUUUCGGACGCUGAGAACAAGGUUCCUGACGCUGAGAACAAGGUUCCUGACCAUGAGGACAAGGUUCUUGAUCCUGAAGACAAGGUUCUUGACGCUGAGGACAAGGUUCCUGACGCUGAGAACAAUAUUCUGACGCUGAGGACAAGGUUCCUGACGCUGAGAAGAAGGACGCUGAGAACAAGGUUCAUGACGCUGAGGGACAAGGUUCCUGACGCUGAGGACAAGGUUCCUGACGCUGAGGACCACCCUGAGGACGCUGAGGAGAAAUUCUUACGCUGAGGACAAGGCUCUGACGCUGAGGACAAGGUUCCUGAAGACAAGGUUCUGACGCUAAGAAAACUGACCCUGAGGACAAGGUUCCUGACGCUGAGAACAAUAUUCUUGACGCUGAGGACAAGGUUCCUGACGCUGAGAAGAAGGUUUCUUACGCUGAGAACAAGGUUCAUGACGCUGAGGACAAGGUUCCCGACCCUGAGGAAAAGGUUCCUGACGCUGAGGACAAGGUUCCUGACGCUGAGGACAAGGUUCGUGACCCUGAGGACAAAUUUCCUGACGCUGAGGAGAAGAUUCGUUACGCUGAGGACAAGGCUCUUGACGCUGAGGACAAGGUUCCUGACGCUGAGGACAAGGUUCGUGACGCUAAGGAAAAGGUUCCUGACCCUGAGGACAAGGUACCUGACCCUAACAAUACGGUUCCUGACGCUGAGAACAAGGUUCCUGACCCUCGCGACAAGGUUCCUGACCAUGAGGACAAGAUUCCUGACCCUGAGGACAAGGUUCCUGACCCUGAGGACAAGGUUUCUGACGCUGAGGAGAAGGUUCCAGAUGCUGAGGACAAGGUUCGUGACGCUGAGGAUAAGGUUCCUGACACUGAGGACAAUGUUACUGACGCUGAGGACAAGGUUCGUGACCCUGAGGACAAGGUUCUUGACGCUGAGGACAAAGUUCCUGACGCUAAGGACAAGGUUUCUGACGCUGAGGCAAGGUUUUUGACGCUGAGGACAAGGUUUCUGACGCUGAAGACAAUGUUCCUGACCCUGAGAACAAGGUUCCUGACGCUAAGAACAAGGUUCCUGACGCUGAGGACAAUUGUUGAAACAUCAUAUCCGAUAGACACGGCAUUCAUGGAAAACAGGUAUAAAUAUUAA